AUGUCUGUCAAUACCGAUGCAGAGAGGUCUACCAAGCCAGCCGAUGUUAAAUCGUCGUCGUCGCCCUCACCCCAAAGGUCACACUCGAGCUCGAGUACCAGCAGAGCGACCCAUCGUCAAAGCUUUACAGAAAGUUACCGCAAUCUCCCACCAUCGCCCCGCUAUCGCCACCCUUCCCUCACACAAGCGGCGAUUCAGGAUCUCGUCAAUCACCCGCCUUCCACGAGCAGACACCAAAACCCCAAGUUCGUUGGCCGAGAAUGGGGAGAUAUUACCAUAGGGGAGCUUGUUUCUCUCGACGACGUAAGAUGGACUGACAUUGAAUGCAGCGUGGAGGAAGCGACUUUGAUGCUGCUACAGAGUCCAACUAGCGUUGUUCUCGUCAAGGAUGAAACUUCAGCUUCCAACCCAACGUUCUGUUUCGACUAUAAUGACUUGAACGCCUAUCUUCUAACCGUCGUGGGGCUUGCUCGACCCGACAACCACGACAUCAUGGUCAAGGCCCAAGGAGGAGCUCAUAUUACGCUUCGAGAGAUCCAAAGUCUUUGUUUCAGAGAAACUAUUGUUAAGCUGAAUUCAGAUGUAAACCUAUCUCAAGCUAUCGAGAAGCUCGGUAGCGGCAUACACAGAAUUCUGGUCACCGACACAGCCGGGGAUGUUAUCGGCAUUUUAAGUCAGCUUCGUAUGGUGGAGUUCUUCUGGAACGAGGGAAUCAAUUUUCCUACCAUUGAUCGGCUCUACCCAGCUGCGGUGCAAGAGCUGGGACUUGGUGGCCAGCCGAUCAUCUCCGUUCACGCUGAUGCUCCACUUACGGACGCCCUCACUCUUAUGUAUGACGAGGGCCUCUCAAGCGUAGCCAUUGUGGACAAUGGACAAAAUGUCGCGGGGAAUAUUUCAACCAAAGACGUCCGGCAUUUGACAAGUUCAUCGAGCGCACAUCUACUCAGUGGCUCUUGUAUGAACUUCAUAUCUGUUAUUCUCAAUGAAAGAGGCGUAGAAAAGGGACAGGAUGUCUAUCCCGUAUUCUAUGUAAGCCCAUAUUCCACACUGGCUCACACCGUCGCCAAACUCGUGGCAACCAGAUCACAUCGAAUGUGGGUUGUGGACUCUGUACCGCCACCAUCACCUCUGUCAACGCCCGCCAUGCCAACGGCAACAUCGCAGAGCUCUGCAGCGAUCGAUACUACCCCAGGACCGAUCCCACCUGCUGCCCCUGUCCUCUCGGUUCCAGCGGCUGCGAUGGCUGGUGCGCUGCUGUCAGGUAAGCUAAUUGGAGUUGUUUCACUCACAGAUGUUCUCAAUGCAUUCGCAAAAUCUACGGGACUGCACCCCUCUGAGCCGUGGGAACAGAGAGCGCGACGGCGGCGCAGCUCAAGCAGUUCGGUGCGGCACAGUGUAGAAGCGUUCCGAUCCAAUAAUGAAACAAGGAGAUGA